AUGGGAAAUCACACAGCAGUAACUACAUUCAUCCUCCUUGGACUUACAGAAGACCCAGAACUGCAAACUCUGAUUUUUAUAUUUCUACUUAUCACCUACAUGUUGAGUGUAAUUGGAAAUCUGACUAUCAUCUGCCUCACAUUAGUGGAUUCUCACCUUAAAACUGCCAUGUACUUUUUCCUCCAAAAUUUCUCCUUCUUAGAAAUUUCAUUUACAUCUGCCUGUAUCCCAAGAUUCCUAUACAGCAUAUCAACAGGUGACAGAAUCAUCACCUAUAAUGCUUGCAUGAGUCAAUUGUUUUUUACAUACUUCUUUGUAAUAACAGAAUUUUUCCUAUUGGCCAUCAUGUCCUAUGAUCGUUAUGUGGCCAUCUGCAAACCCUUGCAUUACAUGACCAUCAUGAACCACAGGGCUUGCAAAAGAUUUCUCUUAGGUUGCUGGAUGACUACAUUGUUGAUUCUAUUACCACCUUUUAGUCUGGGACUUGAGUUGGAAUUUUGUGAUUCUGUUAUAGACCACUUUCUCUGUGAUGCUAACCCUCUCCUGAAAAUCUCUUGCACAGAUACAUGGUUUAUAGAGCAGAUGGUUAUCGCCUCCUGUGUAGUGAUAUUUAUCAUGACUCUCAUAUGUGUGCUUUGGCCUUAUAUAUAUAUUAUCAGAACAAUUCUAAGAUUCCCUUCUGUCCAACAAAGGAAAAAGGCUUUUUCCACCUGUUCUUCUCACAUUAUUGUGGUUUCCAUCACUUAUGGCAGCUGCAUCUUUGUCUAUAUCAAACCUUCAGCAAAAGAUGAAACGGCUAUUAAUAAAGGGGUGACAAUAAUUAUUACUUCAAUUUCCCCUAUGUUAAAUCCAUUUAUAUAUACCUUGAGGAAUAAACAAGUCAAAGAAGCCUUUAAUAAUGUAAUCAAACGAAUUCUAUUAAGACUCAAAGCAAUAGAGAUAAAAUGA